AUUUUAUUAAUACAGCAAAAGGUCAGAAAUGUGAAUUCCAAGAUGCAUAUGUUCUCUUGAGUGAAAAGAAAAUUUCUAGUGUUCAGUCCAUCGUACCUGCUCUUGAAAUUGCCAAUGCUCACCGCAAGCCACUGAUCAUAAUUGCUGAAGAUGUUGAUGAAGAAGCUCUCAGUACACUUGUUUUGAAUAGGCUAAAAGUUGGUCUUCAGGUUGUAGCAGUCAAAGCUCCAGGUUUUGGGUAAAACCAGCUUAAAGAAGAACCAGCUUAAAGACAUGGCUAUUGCUACUGGUGGUGCCGUGUUUGGAGAAGAAGGAUUGACUCUCAACCUAGAAGACGUUCAGCCUCAUGACCUAGGAAAAGUUGGAGAGGUCAUUGUGACCAAAGAUGAUGCCAUGCUCUUGAAAGGAAAAGGUGACAAGGCUCAGAUUGAAAAACGUAUUCAAGAAAUCAUCGAGCAGUUAGAUAGCACAACUAGUGAAUAUGAAAAGGAAAAACUGAAUGAACGCCUGGCCAAACUCUCAGAUGGGGUAGCUGUGUUGAAGGUUGGUGGGACAAGUGAUGUUGAAGUGAAUGAGAAGAAAGACAGAGUCACAGAUGCCCUCAAUGCCACCCGCACUGCUGUGGAGGAAGGCAUUGUCCUGGGAGGGGGCUGUGCCCUGCUUCGGUGCAUCCAGCCUCGGACUCAAUAACUCCAACUAAUGAAGAUAAAAAAAUUGGAAUAGAAAUUAUUAAGAAAGCACUAAAAAUUCCUGCAAUGACCAUUGCUAAAAAUGCAGGUGUUGAGGGAUCACUGAUAGUUGAGAAAAUUUUGCAAAGUUCCUCAGAACUUGGUUAUGAUGCCAUGCUUGGAGAAUUUGUGAAUAUGGU